UAUCUUUCUAAUUUUGACCCCCAAAAAAUCUUUUAUUUUAAGUAUUCACUAAACCAUAACCACUUAAUUUUUAUGUUUUUUUGGUAAAACAUUAUUCUAUCCAUAGGCAUGUUAACAAAAAGUGUAAUUGAGGAAAAGGACCAAAGUUUAACGUGUAAGAAAUUUUAACUUUUAAUAUAUGUUUUCAUACAAAAAAAGUUUUGGCUUAUAUGAUCGAUAAAGCUGAGUAAAAAUAUCUACUAAUCAGAGCAUAAUCCAUUUUCCAUCUUUUGAUUUAGUAUUAAAAUCCUAGAUAACCACACUAAAGCAAAAAAUACAAACUUAAUUUUUUUUCUAAAAUUUGUUUUUUCUUUUUGUUUCGUUUCUAUUCAUCUCCUUUCUUUUUCAAUACCUUCGAGCCAAACGAAGUUUCAGACACAACACAACCAAUCUCUCUCUCUCUUUAACGUACGUGUUGUCCCUCUCUCUCUCUAUAACCAGAGAGACAGUGAUGUCACUACUCUAAGCAGAGGAAAUAAUCAACUAACCACACCAUUUACCGUCAUGAACCCAGCAACCGACCCCGCAGCAGCUCUAGCUCCGCCUCCACAACCACCGCAGCCCCACCGUCUCUCAACCUCCUGCGACCGUCACCCGGAGGAGCGUUUCACCGGCUUCUGCCCUUCCUGUCUCUGCGAACGUCUCUCCGUCUUAGACCAAACCAACAACAACGCCGCUUCCUCUUCCUCCUCCUCUCGCAAACCUCCGACCAUCUCCGCCGCCGCUCUCAAAGCCCUCUUCAAACCCUCCAACGGAAACCCCAACGGCCGGGUCAAACCCGGUUUCUUCCCGGAGCUCCGCCGUACCAAAUCCUUCUCCGCGUCGAAGAACAGCGACGGACUCUCACUCUCCGGCGCGUUCGAGCCGCAGCGCAGGUCGUGUGACGUCAGACUCCGAAGCUCUCUCUGGAACUUGUUUUCCCAAGACGAGCAGCGAAACCUCCCCACCACCGUCUCCGCCGCCGGCGAGGUUGACGUCGUCGAGCCUCGGAAGUCUAGCGUCCAGGAGCCUGUUCUAGAGGUCAACAACGAAGAAGAAGAAGAAGCUGAAAGUGAUGAACUCGAAGAGGAGGAGGAAGACUACGUCGAACCUUGCGACUUCGAGAUUCUUAACGACGAGUUUAACGCCGUUAGAAGCGAAGCUAACGGCGUUAUAACAGACGAGAUCGUUGAAGAGAGGGAGGAGAUAGAAGAGGAAGUUGAAGUAGUUGAAGUACCCGAAGAGCUGAAGCCAAUGAAGGACUACAUAGAUCUUGACUCAUCCCAAACCAAGAAGCCAUCGGUACGACGUAGUUUCUGGUCAGCCGCCUCCGUCUUCAGCAAGAAGCUUCAGAAAUGGAGACAGAACCAGAAACUCAAGAAGCGGCGCAACGGCGGCGACCACCGGCCGGGAUCGGCGAGGUUACCGGUGGAGAAACCGAUAGGGAGACAGCUCCGGGAUACUCAGUCGGAGAUCGCCGACUACGGUUACGGCCGGAGGUCGUGCGACACCGAUCCGAGAUUCUCCCUCGACGCCGGAAGAUUCUCUCUCGACGCCGGAAGAUUCUCCGUCGAUAUCGGGAGGAUCUCGGUGGAUGAUCCUCGUUACUCGUUUGAUGAGCCGAGAGCUUCUUGGGACGGGUCUUUGAUCGGAAGGACGGUGUUUCCGCCGGCGGCGAGACCUCCUCCGCCGCCGUCGAUGCUCUCGGUGGUGGAGGAUGCGGCGCCGGUGCACCGUCACGUGACACGGACGGAUAUGCAGAUUCCGGUUGAGGAACCACCUCCACCACCACAGGUUGUUAAUGCUUCCAACAAUGUUUCCGACCCGGUUAUAAUCCCGGGCGGGUCUAUCCAGACCCGAGACUACUACACUGACUCAUCUUCCCGGAGGAGGAAGAGUCUAGACAGGUCUAGCUCUAUGAGGAAAACGGUUGUGGCGGAUGUUGACGAGCCAAAGCGGUCAGUAUCAUCAAUAGAUACUUACUCAGGAUCACUAAGGGAUAACAGUUACAGUGUUGAGACCACGACGGUGGAACCGGCGGUGAUAACCGGUGAGAGGAAAGUGAGUAGUAACGAUAACAAUAAGAAGUCGAGACGGUGGGGGAAGUGGAGCAUAUUGGGGCUUAUUUACAGGAAGAGUGUUAACAAGUAUGAGGAAGAGGAGGAAGAGGAGAGGUAUAGGAGGUUAAACGGUGGAAUGGUGGAGAGAUCGUUGUCGGAAUCAUGGCCGGAGCUGAGGAACGGAGGAGGGCCGAGGAUGGUGAGGAGUAAUAGUAAUGUGAGUUGGCGGAGCUCCGGGGGUGGAAUGGGGAGGAAAGUUAAUGGACUGGAGAGGAAUAAGAGUUCAAGGUAUUCACCUAAGAAUGGGGAGAAUGGGAUGUGGAAAUUUUAUUUGGCACCGAUGAAAGGUAGCCGGAGAAUGAGUGUUGGAGGAGCUGGUGGUGGUGGUGGGUGGGGGAAUAGUCACGGCCAUUCUGUAACGAGGAAUGCUAUGAGGAUGUAUUGAUCAACAUGUUCAUUGGGGUGGUUCGGUUAAGGGGUUUAGAGCUCUAUGAACCGUUUGCUGUUUUGUUGUCAUUUUGUUGGUUUGGUUUAAUUUCGGUGCAAUUGGUUUACUUUUUAAUGUUAAGGGGAGGGGCAUUUUCAAAAGGAAUGACUUGUUGACGUUGUCUAUUAUAACCGGAAUAAACCGCCUUUU